AUGGCGACCCGCGACUCGUCCCCCUCCCUCUCUGCACCUCUGGACCCCGACAAAGCCUUCAUCCAGUCGCACGGCCGUCUGCCGCGCCCGCUGGAGCACGCGGCCUUCGAUCCGUUCCGCCGCGCGGUGCUCAAAGUCCCUACGUGGGUGUCGCUGCUGCAGCCGCUCUGCGCCGUCCUCCUCAUCCCGCUGCGCCUCCUGGUCGCCGUCGUGGCCACGCUGCUCUCCUACCUCCUGGUCCUCGUCUUCGGCCCGCCGGUCACCGCCCGCUCCGUCGCCACCUUCUCCGCCACGCCGCUGCCCGCCUGGCGCCGCGCCGUCUGCGUCUUCGCCACCAAGCUGCUCGCCCGCGCCCUGCUCCUCGGCCUGGGUUUCUGGACCGUGCGAGGCCGCGAUGCCCCCGCCUACGACCACGCCGCCGCCCAGAAGGCCACCAUUGUGUCCAACCACUCCAGCCUAGCCGACCCGUGCCUGCUGGCCUACCUCUACGCUCCGGCCUUCGUCGCGAAGCGUAAGGUCUACAUGAUCCCGGGCAUCGGCCGCGUCGGCGCCGCGCAGCACGCCUUUUACAUCGACCGCCUCAACGGCUCGGGCCUCAGCGUCACUAGUAAGAUGGUCGAGCGCCAGAACCUCGUGCGCGAGUCCCAAGUGCCCGUCCCACCCGUCUGUGUCUUUCCGGAGGGGACCACCACGAAUGGUCAACACUUGCUCAAGUUUCGAACGGGCGCCUUCGUGGGGGGAGGGCCGGUCGCCCCGGUGCUUAUCAGGUACCGCUAUGGAUGGUUCUCGCCCACCUACGAGACGGUCAGGACACCGGCUUAUUUGUUAGCCAUUUUGUCGCAGUUUGCGAAUCGCGUCGAGUAUUACCGGUUGCCAGUCUAUCACCCGAGCGCGGAGGAGAAGGAGGACCCGGCGUUGUAUGCGAGGAAUGUGCAUCAGCUGAUGCUGGAGAAGAGUGAGGAGGCGUUUGGCCACGCCUUGGUGCACUCGGAGUCGAAUUUUGUUGACAAGAUUGAGUAUCAUUCUCUGGUGUGGGGGAGAAAGCUGAAGCCGGGAUUCCGGCUUACGAACGAUAGAUGA